AUUUGGCGUCCGAACUCCAACUCCCAUGAUGCACCGCAAGGAGGGGGGGGGGGCGAGGUUGCCUUUCCCCGUCUGCUUCCGACACACAAACUCACAUUGGCGAAUAUGUGAGCAAAGUUUGUGCUUUUUGGCGAAACCGUCAAGCGUCAAUAGUGGUUUUCCGUAAACCGGGGCCGCUGCCGGACCUGUUUUUGUCGUAGUUCGCCUUCUUUCAAGAUGGGAAAUGGCGUCAAUAAGGUCCUGCCUCAUUUGUAUUUGGGAAAUUUCAGAGACGGACGAGACCGAGAGCAGUUGGCCAAGAACAACAUCACCCACAUCCUCUCCAUCCAUGACAACGCGGCCCCCAUCCUUCAGGAGAUGACCUAUCUUUGCAUUGCGGCGGCCGACCUGCCUACGCAAAACCUGACUCAACACUUUAAACAGAGCAUCAUCUUCAUGCACGAGUCGCGACUGAAAGGAGAAGGCUGCCUGGUUCACUGCCUGGCAGGCGUUUCCCGCAGCGUCACCCUGGUGGUCGCCUACAUUAUGACAGUGACGGGACUCGGCUGGAAGGAGGCGCUGGCUGCCGUGAGGGUGGUCCGGCCCAGUGCUGGGCCCAACCUGGGCUUCCAGCGCCAGCUCCAGGAGUUCGAGACGACUCAUCUCCAUGAAUUCAGGAACUGGCUCCAGAGGGAGUAUAAGGACAAAGUGUUCAACGAUGAAGCAGACAUCCAAGAGCUGCUUGCCAGAGUUUCUAAAUUCAAAGGCGAGCAAGAGGAAAAUCAGCCAUUGACCCCACCGGGACCCCUCUGAGCUGCUCGGCGAACUCGGCCCGCAUCACGCCACUGUGAAUGCGCCACACAAGUCGGAAUUGCCGGAUUGCUCACACCAAAAACAAGGACUUGUUUUUAUAAUUGAUUUUUGUCCUAAACAUACACCUCACACUGUUUUUUUUUUUU